GGUCUGCCUUGCUCGCGAAGUUGUCCAGGGGCCGGGGAGAAGUUGGCGGCGCUGGGCGGAGGCGAGGGCGGUGGGGCCGGGCCGCUCGCUCGCGUCCCUGCCGGCCAUGGCGUUCCGCAGGCGGGCGAAAAGCCACCCGCUCUUCAGCCAGGAGUUUCUCAUCCACAACCACGCUGACAUCGGCUUCUGCUUGGUGCUCUGUGUGUUGAUCUCGCUUAUGUUCGAGGUUACAGCCAAGACUGCCUUCUUGUUCAUCUUACCUCAGUAUAAUGUCAGUGUGUUGACAGCAGAUGGUGAAAUUGUUCUUUAUCACUACGGGCUGAAGGAUUUGGUUACAAUCCUCUUCUACAUCUUCAUAGCAAUUAUUCUGCAUGCUGUGGUGCAGGAAUAUGCACUGGAUAAAAUUAACCGUCGACUUCAUCUUUCCAAAAUCAAGCACAGCAAGUUUAAUGAAUCUGGACAACUGGUAGCAUUUCAUCUUGCCUCUAUGGUUUGGUGCUUAUAUGUAAUAAUAACAGAAGGAUACUUAUCAAACCCCAAAAGUCUGUGGGAAAGCUACCCUCAUGUUCAUCUCCCGUUCCAGGUUAAGUUUUUCUACGUUUGUCAGCUGUCCUAUUGGCUACAUACAUUGCCUGAAUUGUAUUUCCAGAAGGUGCGAAAGGAAGAAAUUCCACGUCAGUUGCAAUACAUCACCCUUUAUCUAGUGCAUAUAUCAGGAGCAUAUCUCUUAAACCUCACUCGCCUGGGACUAAUCUUGUUGCUGCUGCAGUAUGUUGCUGAAUUCCUCUUCCACAUGGCUCGCCUUUUUUAUUUCACAGAUGAAAACAAUGAAAAGUUGUUUAAUGCAUGGGCAGUAGUUUUUGUCAUCUCACGGCUUUUCACCCUCACCCUUUCUGUGCUGGUCAUUGGCUUUGGGCUGGCUCGAGUGGAGAACCAGGCAUUUAACCCUGAAAAAGGAAGCUUCAACACUUUGCUUUUCAGGAUGGGUGUGUUGCUUCUGGUGUGUUUCUCACAGGCCUGGAUGAUGUGGCGCUUCAUUCAUUUCCAGUUGCGACGCUGGCGUGAAUACUGGAAUGAACAGAACAAUAGAAAAAGGGUUCCAGCCACUGUCCACUUCAAACAGCAAGUAAAGACAAUGAAAAGGGAAUCUGGUUACCAUGAAAAUGGAGUAGUAAAGGCAGAAAAUGGUACCUCACCACGGAACAAGAAACUCAAGUCUCCGUAGAGCCAAAGCACGGCCGACGUGGGAUGUUUGAGGAGGAGACAGAGGUGCAAGAAUGAGGACUUUGGAAAUAAGAAGCACUUUCCUCUCUUCUGUCCUCACAAUGCUCCACCUCAAGUGAUGUGCCCACAGAGUGAACCAAGCUCUCUCUCUCUCUUCCCCCAUCCCUAUGUCCUUCUGUCUCUGUCUCUUUUUGCAAUAACCAAAAGGCCUUCAUCCUUGACAGAGAGGCUUAAGAACGCCAAAAGCUUUUCCUUGUCCUGUUAUUGUGCAAUUCUAAAAGUUUUGCUUGUUUUCAUGCCCCCCAGAAAUGUGAGUUUUUAAAGAACCCUGUUCCCAACAUACCUUUUUUUCUCCUUCACUUCCUUACAUCUGUUUUUUUUGACUUGGGGAGAUUACAGCUUCAGCUCAUGAUGGAAUUUGGUUCUAGAAAUAGAUGUGGGGGACUGUAAAUUCUUGUUUCUCUAGAAAAUGCACUCUUGCAAGGAUAGGUUUGGAAAGAAAUGCAGUUUCAGUCCUGUUCAAAGAGCAUCCUCUAAUCUGAAUCGCAUAAUUAUGUUACACAGUCAGUAAGCUUUGUAAAAUGGUUAGGAUUUGUCCGGUUUUCAAAACAUGAUGGCAAGAUACAGAUAGUUACUUUUUAUCUGUUUGUGAUUUAUCAUGCUCAGUUUUCAAAGUUAAAGUUUCAUUUGUAGCUUUAGCUACCUUCUGAAGACUGGAACAGAUAUGGUCCUCUUUCUUAUCUUUCUUUUCUGGUCCUAAAAAAGAAUUCAUGUUUUCUUAGAAACAAUUGAAUUUUCCUAAAAUAGGAGAAUGUACUUGUCCUGUCAGUUUAGUAUGUGUGAAGUAUGAUUUUCAUCUUCAUUGGCCUAGGAAGUCUCAACCUAUAGCAUCUUGAGGGAAGGGGAAAGCAUCUCCAUUCAUUUAAACAGGAGCUCAGGGCAUUUUUACUAGUGAAGAAGAGAAGACUGUGAUUUGUUCACAAGAGGAUAAUGUCUUUCAUGUUGAAGAUUUUAUCUGUUAACCUUCUUCAGGAAGUGCUAGUAUAGCCUUGUUGUUUGAGUCAUUCAUGUUUAACACAAUAGAAUAGUAAUAUUUGGUCUUUGAAAUGUACUCCUAUGCAUAUUUUCUCAGAAGUAAAUUCCAGCAAAUUCAGAGAGGUUAACUCCAUUUCACUGUGGUAUAGAAUUGCAACCUGUCAUUUGUUUUCCCAAGCACCUCUUUUUCUAAGUUACAUCUAAUAAGUUCUGAAUUCAUGCCUGCCCUGGUGUUCUUAUUUCUAAAACUACGGAGAUUGUUUUUAUUCAGAUUGAAGGCAAUUUAGUUCCCAGUUCCUUAGCAGGUUCAGUUAUGAAAGAUAGGGGAGGGGACAGAAGGAAUAACGUCUCCAAAAGGGGAGAGCACAAUUUGUAAAGCUGGUGGAUGAUAUUAAAAAGUGAAAAAUCUACCUCGGAAGCCACCCAUUCCUGCAUUUCUUUUAGUUAAGUUGAUUUGGCACCUACAAAAAUAUUGGGGUUGUUCACACAAAAUUUUUAGAGUUACUUUGUACAUCUUUAAUGUUUUAAUGAAAAGUGUCUUCUGUUGUCCUUUGUGUAUGCUUAAGCGUACUUUAUUCAGCAGAAUUGCUUCAUGACUAUGUCUUGUUUUAAGUCCUAGUGUAACUGGAUCAUCUUACAGUGUUGUACUGCUUUUCAGAUAAUACAAAGAAGAAACUUUUUGAUUUCUAUUCUCUUUUGCCAUAAUUUGGAAUAGAAAUAUCUAUUUCAUUAAUAGAUUGAAUGAAAUCAAUAGAAUACAUACAUAGUAGUUGGGUGUCCCAGGAUUUGACCCAACUACUCCUUUUUGUGAAUGCUUUUAUUGUGUCUAAAGUAGGUCUGUGUAAGUGAAGACCUGCCAAACCAAAUACAUUAGCCAUGAGUUUCAUCCUGCCAGAUCAUGUCUGGUUUGCAUUUAGAUCAACUGUUAAGAGGGAUUGCUGCAGUCUUAGCAGACAGCAGUGCACGGUUAAUGAGUAAGUGAUAAGUUUCAUGAGUCAAGGAUAUAGAUUAGCUGUAAAAUUUUGGGGGAGUUUAAGUGGUGAAGAAGACUCUAUAAACUGCUUACAAUAUUUGUAUCUCUGAAGAAUGAUAUGUCUUUUUUUAUCCUUCUCUUGCAAUGGACUUUAAUGCUGCUUGGCACUACUUGAGACUGUACAGAGAGCUUUUUUUUUUCUUCCCACCAAAAUCUUGAAAUGUUCAGAUCAGAGCCCUUCUGAGCUGAAAUCAACUAUACCGUAUUGUGCCUGUCACUCCUUAGCUCUUAUUGGGUUCUAAAUAUACCUCAUCUGUAUCAUUUUUAAACAGGAGUGAAGGAGUAAACUGGGUCAGCGAUGGUGCUAAGUAGGUCAGAUAUGGUGGGCCAACCUAUACGCAUAUGUGAAUGCGAUAGCUAUAUUGCUUGCACCUAACAGAAAGCCCACCACUAUUGCAAAGCAGAUAGGUAUGGCUUCUACCACCCGAAGAACCACUCUUGGCCCUGUAUGGCAUGUUGAUGAUCAUCUUGCAUAGUGGGUGUAAUAAAAUUGCCCUGAUUUUUAAAUGUUUUGAGUCUUUGAAAACAUCAUGAAUUCACUUCACUCUUUUCAGUUUUUCCCCAAAGCUACCAAAAUGCAAAAAAAAACACACACAAAAAUCUAGCCAAAUAUUUUACUUGCAUCUUUUUGGGAGUGCUUUGAGGGCCACGCAAUGUAUGUGCAAUUUGUAGGCUUUCUUUUACAGCAAUUCUUUACAUUGGUGUUCUAAAUUGGAAUUCCUUAUGCUUGUUGUUAAUUCUGAUCUUAGUUAAGUGGAGCUUUCUGACUUUGCACCAAGCUCAGUCAAAAGACUUUAGGUUUCGCAAAGAGCUGGUUCUAGAAAGCUUCAGAGAAGCCUCCAAAUAGGCCUUACCCUGACCCAGUUAAUCCCAACUCCUUUCAUCCAGCACCAGGUUUUCAAUUGUAGUACAAUUUUGUGCAAGUGCCUUACUAUCACAUAGCCUUUCCAACCUUUUUAUCUUUCAUAUUGGUUUUUCUUUGUAUAUGUAUUGUUGUAGUUCAUUUAUACUGUAUGCACUAGUUUAGCUAUUCAAAAAGGGGGCAGCUUUUGCUGGAUGCUUUGCUUCAGUUUCUAUGCCUUUUUGACCAUAAGUAGUUACUUGAUGAGUGUAAUUGUUGGAAUUAUUCUAGCUGCAAGAAUCUCUUUUGUUAAUACGGAACAAUCCAUAAUAUCACAAACAUUUCCAUAGCAGACUAGAUGCUCUUGGUUUUAAUUUUGGAUGUGUCAUUGUAUUUCUAAAACUUUUUGAACGUCUUUCAUAGCAUCUGUUGCUAGAAUUAGAUGUUAUGCUUAGUUUUUUAAUUAUUUAGG